GGCCUGUCGCGUGCCGCUCCGGUGACUGGAAACCGCAGAAGAGCGGUUGGCUUUCACGGUCUAACUUAUUGAUUCUCGCACCUGUCACUAAUGGAUGUUUCAUUUUUACCGUCGAAAUCCGUCAAAUAUAGUCAUGUCUUUUUAAUGACAUUCAUGUUGUAAUUUCUUGAAGAACAUUCCAUCGAGAUUAAAACGUAUUAAAGGUUUGUUUGACUGUUUUGUAUUGAAUUAUGAAUUUGGCCUGUAUGUGUUAUUAAUGUGAUGCCGAUGAUCAUCUAAUCAAAACAGAUCCGAUCGCCUGAAGCUUCAAUGAACUGGAGUUUUUGCUGUUGACCUAUUCUCAAAAAAGACAAGUUUCUUUCCUUAGUCAAAAUGCCACCUCAUCAGGACCAGCAGUUUGAGAAAUGCAUAGAUGAAGCACUGAAGAAGAAUGAGUUCCAUGGUUUGGGAAAGUUUCUGCAGGACAAAAGCAAUGAAGGCACUAGUCAGAAAUGUUCGAAGCAGCUCAUAAAUAAACUGGACCAACUCAUGAACAGGGAAAUUGAUAAAAGAAGGCUAAAAAAUGCCUCUCAGCUGCUAUGUUGCUUGCAGAAGCUUGGAAAGUCUCUAAGGAUUCAGGGAAGUGAAGGAAUAGCUGUGAUGUUAAAACAAGGCCUUGUGAACAAGAUGGUGCAGUGGUUCGAUAAAGCCAGAGAGAUAUGGGCAGAAGGAGGACAUAUAAAAAAUGAAAACUUGCUGAAUUUUGCAGAAGAUUUUUUUGAUUUUGUGAUGGCUGUGCAUGAAAACAGCAAUGAAGGAAAAAGCCAAGUCACCAAAACCUUCCUGCAUCGUGCAGGACAGCUGACCGCAGAUGCUGGUGUGCAUAUCUCUAUCCAACAGGAGGCUGUAAGAAAACUGAACCAAAUUCUUGAUGAAAGCCCACAUGAAUUAAAAAGACAAGUUUUAUCAUCUGCAGAGAUCUUAAGUGUCAUGAAACUUUUGGGUAAACGAAUAAUGGAAGGUGGAGACUAUGACUUGCAGGUAGCUCUUACAGAGGCCCUGUGUAGGAUGACUACAGAGAAGCAGAGGCAUGAGCUAGCAGAUGGGUGGUUUAGUGUGGAGUUCGUAGCCAAAGCCUUCAAAAGGAUCAAGGAUUCUGAAUUUGAAACGGAUUGCAGAAAGUUUCUUAACCUGAUAAAUGGCAUGCAGGGAGACAGAAGGAGAGUUUACUCUUAUCCUUGCCUGGAAGUAUUUUUGGAUAAACAUGAGUUGUUCAUGCCAGCAGAUGACAAACUUGAAGAGUUCUGGAUAGAUUUCAACUUGGGUAGCCAGAGCAUAACAUUUUAUAUUUCCACUGCUGAUGGGGAGGAGGAAAACCAAUGGGACACUGUGUGUAUACCCAAGGAUGAAGUUGAAUAUUAUACAGUGAAAGAGGAGAAAGGACAAAAAGUAUUAACAGUGAUUCUGAAGCAAUUAUUAAAUAGUGGUGGAAGGGAGGGGAACAGGAUCCAGAUGUAUUUCAGUGCAGCUCUGGACAUCGGGGAAGCAGUCAGGCAUGUGUACGGAGAGCCAGAAAACAAAAGAACUGUUGGAAAGUGUUCUGUAGUGAAAACGAUUGUGCACUACAUUGAGACUGAAGAUGGUUCUCAGGUUUUAGUUCCUGAAAGUCAAGUCUCACAAACUCUUAGUACAGUGCAAAGGCCAAUGGAGAAUGAGAAUAAAAUCACACAGCUGCCUCCACAUUCAGUAGCAUCGGAAGAGAGGUCUCGAAGUACGAAAUCGCCACAACACACAGUCCAGUCCAGCACUCCUAUGAGGUGGAAGGUGUCUGAGGCCAGCUCUAUUAUAUCAUAUGCUGGUGACCAGCGAGCAACCAGAAGUCCAGCAUCAACAGUUAUGGCAACCCCUACAGCAUCGAAGGACAAGGUUAAACCAGCACUGCAGCUGAUUGGUUCCUCAAAAAUAAACAAAGGAUACAACAUCAAUGAGCUGAUCACCACAACCCCUUCCAGACAGCCUUCAGUGAGCAAACCUUCUAGUACAGGAAAAGAUGUACAAGAUCUUGACAAGAGCACCACCACAGCUUUGGAGAACAGCAAACGUGGCUCAGAGAGAGCAAGCUCGACUCAGAAAUUCCUCAAGCAUAUACCUGUAACCAAAGUUGUUGAAAUGGUGCAAGAAGACAAAGAUGAUGUCAAGGUUACAGAGGAAGAAUAUAUUGAUGAUAUGAUGAAUGUUGUGCCUGACACUCAACCUUUUAUUAAAAAAGACAAGCCUCUGUUGUCUGACCCUGUAUUCAGUGUUUCAAGGGAGAGAAAUACUAUAUCCAGAAAGAUGUCCGAGGGUGUAUCACCAGCUUUUAACGGAGUAUCAUCAUCAUUUAGGAUAAAGGAUCAAAAUGAUUCCUCAUUGUGUGUCCUUAAACAAGAUCAGGCUCAACAGCUGGAAUUCUCAAUGAAAAAACCACCUUCUUCAACAAAGCACAGCUCGACAGAGACAAACUACAAAGACCUACAGAAACAGGUGACCGAGAAGCUAGAGAGGUUACUCAAAGAGAAGAACCAGAGAGCUGGAGACAGAUGUCUGGAAGUGAAUGGCAGUCAGGUGCACAGAGAGCAGCCAGCAGAGAGGGGAGCCAGAGUGAAGGCAGCUCCAGCACAGGAGAAGGAUCACAGCAGUGCAGAAGCAUGUACCAAACCUUCCUUCCCAGCUCCAGCGAAGCAGGCUGAGAAAGCAGCACCUGUGCUGGACAGAAAGCCAAGCACAUUUAGCAAGGACUCCUCAUUCCGAAAACAGGGGAGUUCACAGUCGACGAAGGAAACUGAAAUUUCUGAGAGGAGGACAGAUCAGAGAAAGACCAUCUCAGUGAUGAAAAGAUGCAUUGAUGUCACAGAAACAACAACGUCCAUUUCAGGAAAGUGCAGAACUGUGACAGGACAAGGGCUAGAUACUUCUCUUCAGAAAAGAUCUCACCUGGAAAAAUCUUGGUCAUUUUCAUUCACAGAAAAGGGAAUUUUGGAAAGCCCAGGAUUAAUGAAAUCAUCUUCUCAUUCCAAGCAAACAAAGAAAACUGCAGUGCCCCCUGAGGAUGACAUUUACAGCUUCAGGGAUGACUCAAUAGUAAAAUGUGGGGAAGGAGAGAGAACGCUGCCAAAAAGAUCAGAGACAAAGAAAAGGGAAACUGAAGACUCUAGGAACAAAUUCAGCAGUCUGGAGAAAAGUAAAGAAAAAAAGCCCAGAGCCUGUCAUGUGAAGAAGCACCUGUUCAGCGACACAGACACAGACCGCAGGACAGAAGACAGCCGGACAGACAUCAGCUGGCUCAGGGAGUCCAGCAGACGGCCCAAGCCCAAAGUGAAGAACUACAGCAGGCAUCCCUGUGUCAAGCCACCCUUAAACCCUCAGACCUAUGAAUCUCCUGAUUUAACUCCAUGUAUUAAAAAGCCCUUGAAGGAUAAACCCAGGAAGAAGAAAAGUCUAAAGGAAACUGUGCAGAAUGCACAGAUGGUGCCAAACAGGCAGUCUGGAAGACCACAGAGAGCAGCUGCCCAGAAUCAAAAUUACAAGGAUCCUUCUGAAUCAGACACCAUGAGUGAGUCUCAAGGAGAGGAAGAGGCUGUCAGAAAGCCCAUCCAGCAGCAAGUGAACAGAAAUAUGACAAAGAAAGUAAAGACUGUUCCCCCACUGGAGAAGAACAUGGGACAGAAAGAGUCCCAGGACACAUUGGCCCCUUCAUUCUCUUCCCUGUCUUCCCCACCUCUGUCCAUUGAGAAGAUGCGAUGUGUCGAUAAGUCAGUGGACAAGUCAGUGGUAUUUACAGGGUCCCCUAUUCCCCCUCUUUCUACAUGCACAUUUACUACUUUAUACUCAUCGCCUGAGAAGAUACCAGAGCCUCACAAAGGAAUACACCCCAAACCAUUUUAUAGGGCAGAUAAAAACAGGGAGAAGGCACCACCCCAGCCAUUGGUCAAGUCUUUAAACUACACUUAUCAGGAACCUGAUAAUGGCUGGCUGGAAUUCAGCACAAUCUCAGGGCCAGUUUUAGCUACAGAAGAUGAUGGACAAAGUGAAGAGGAAGUCACUCAGCCUGCUAGGGAGUGCAGGGACAGUCAAGACCUGCCUAUAUCUUUUGAAAAGGAGUCCGUCCUCUCAAUCAGAACAAAUAGCAGAUCCUCUGGGAAAUCUCUCACUGACAAAGACGCACUGAGUACUGGAAUAGAUAAUAAAUCUUGUUCACCAAGACUACAAAACAGUGCACAAGUGAAAGUUCUUAUGUCAGGCCCUUCAGUGACCCCCUGUGCUACCCUGAAGCGACUUCGUGCAAACCAGAGCACAAGCAGCUCUGAGGAGGAGGACGAAGAAGAAACCAGACGGAAGGAGCCGGAAAUCAAGAUAAGGCCCACAAAGCUCUUCAAAUCAGCGGAUGCAGACCACUGGGCUCAGAACGACAUAGAGUUGCAGUCCACCACCUUCUCCCACACAGUCUCAACUCCAGACUUCUCCACCUGGAGCAUGAGUCUGGACCAGGACAUGAUGUGUCAGAAGUUCACUACAAAGCAGAAGACAAAACUUCAGGAUCGUUCCAAGAAGAUGGAUUAUUUUGCUAGGCAGUCUCUGAAAACUGUCCAGCAGCAUGUUUCCUCAGUCCAUGUCCAGGUUAAGCAGCACAGGUUCCGCAAUCUGGAUAGAUUCAGAGACACAAUCUUAGAAGAACUCAAUGACUUUGAAAAGGAUGUCUCAACUUUAAAAAAUAUGGAGAAAGACCUAACAAAUUUCUGGAAGAAACAGUCUCAGGUAUUAUGUACCUAUCAGGAACAAGAACAAAAAAGAAUUCAUCUUCUGAAGAGUUCAUUUAAAACAAAUGUAGCUAACAGCCAGGAGUAUGAGGAAAGAAUUUUAACGACAGAGAUGCAUUUGUUGAGGAAGGACAUUAAAUUAAUCCAGGACCGACUUCUCAAGGAAAUGCACCAAGAGGAGCUCCUCAGUGUUCACAGGGGACUGCAAGCACUGUUUUUCCCAGAAACAAGUCAAUUCUAAGACCAGAGUCAGAUCAUCCUGAGCCCUCUUUUUGUUUUCAUGUUAUUUUUUAACUUCAGUAGACAUAUAUGUUCUAUUGGCUAACAGCAAUUUUUGAUUAUUUAAGUGGUGCAUUUUAUGUGGAUUCCAGUGUUCAGCUUCACAUAAUUUUUAAUAUAUCCUCGGUGAUUAAUUCAGGUUUAACUAUUUGAACCAGAAAUCAAACAAAUCAAUUUUUGUAGCAUUUCUGAAAAAUGUUUGUUCAAAUGUUCUUAUACUUUUAGCUAAUUUUGACUACAGUUUUUUGUUUUUUAUCUCCUUUAAUAAAUGUUUCCAUAAUAACAAUAGAUUAUCUUUUUUCUAGAAAAGACAGAAACUUGAAAUUGGUAGUACAUUUCUUUUUUUCUAAAUUCCUUAACAUCAAACAGAUGUGCAUCUGAUCCUACAGACAGCACUGCAAGGAUGUACAGUUACCCUAGAAAUGUUACACUCCCACACUGUCAUGGGACUGAAAGAUGCAACUAAUGUUUGACAGUAAAAUGCCCUUUUUAUUUAGGCCUUCAAGGUCCACAGAAACGUUCUCUUCCAAUUUACCACCUACGCUGUGUUUGAGGUGAAAGGAACUUGGUUUUGCAUUUUCUAAUUUUAUUGUCCUGAGGGGACAAUGACACUGCCACAGUGACAGCUUAUGUAACGCUGCUGGCAUUACAAAUGAGGCAGUCAGGAUCACCCUCCCACAAGGCCAUGUAUGAAACAGUAUACCGCAUUGCACAGAAAGGAUUUACUUGGCCAAAUUUCUACACAGUUACAGUUCUAGCACAAGAGUUCCUAAGUCCUUCACCCCAGCUUCUGCUUCUUGUAUCGUCUUCUGGCAUCCAUCUUAAAUGUGUUUUGCUUAACACGCAAAGAAAAACAAAAUUCCAUCUCCAGGCAGUCCCCAGUCUGUGUAAUUCACACACAUCCAUCCACCCAUUUUCUAACAGCUUGGUCCAGUACAAUGUCUUUGGAGAGCCUGAGCCUAUCCGAGCAAGCAAAGAGCGCAAGGCAGCAUACACCCUAGACAAGUGCUGGUCCAUCGCAGGGCACACACAGACACACAUACAAAGAAGACAAAGCCUCCUUGGUUAUGUCAUGUCUUUAGACUGCAGAAAAAUUCAGAGCACCCAUAGGAAACCCACACGAACAUGGAGAGAACAUACUAACUCCAAAAAGAGAGCACCCCAGGAAUUAAACCCACAGCCCUAGCAGUGCGAGGCAGCAAUGUUAACCCCUGCGCCACCCUGCUGCUCUGUUCAUACACUUGCUUUUCCCUAAUACAACAGCUAC